AUGUUUAAACGAGCCGCGCCUCCCGCCGCCGUUGCCGCCGCCAAACGUGGAAAGUCUCUUCGAUUCAUCACCACCCUAUUCUGCUCAUCCUCUCCCAUCACCCGUCUUGUCAUGCGCGCCAAGGUGGAUAAAGGCACGAGGGAAGUAAGUAGAUCCAUGGGUUUCGGCUUUCGGCUGAUAUACAACACUGACAUUCACACGCUACAUCACAAUGCCGAGAAUAAGGCGGCAUUCUACAAUGACCGCGCAGCAGCGAACGAUCUGCUGAUGCACGUAGGUUUCUCCGACGUGGUGUUUGGUGGGAGGAGCAAUGGCGACGAUUUGCUAAUUACGGUCGAAACGAUCUUAGAAAAAUAA